AUGGUUACUACUGAAAAAAUCACUUGUCUCUUGAACUGGAAGGCUACUCCCUACCACUUGCCUUUGUUCUUGGCUCAACAGCUUGGUUACUUUGCUGAUGAAGGCAUCAAGGUAGCAAUUCUCGAACCUAGCGAUCCCUCGGAUGUCACGGAAAUCAUUGGCUCGGGUAAAGUCGAUCUUGGUCUAAAGGCUAUGAUUCAUACGAUGGCUGGCAAGGCUAGAGGCUACGAUAUCAAGUCAAUUGGUACGCUCUUGGACGAACCCUUCACGGGUGUGAUUCACUUGAGCCACAAGAGCGGCAUCACGAACGAUUUCCAGUCUCUUCGUGGCAAACGUAUUGGCUAUGUAGGCGAAUUUGGCAAGAUCCAAUUAGAUGAAUUGACGCGUCACUUUGGUAUGACGCCUCAAGAUUAUCAAGCAAUCCGUGUAGGCAUGAACGUGACAGAUGCCAUUAUCCGUGGUGAUAUUGAUGCUGGUAUUGGUAUUGAAAAUGUUCAGCAAGUCGAACUCGAAGAAUGGUCCGUUCAACAAGGAAGGUCUCGUGAUGAUGUCCAAAUGCUCCGUAUUGAUGAGCUUGCUGAAUUAGGCUGCUGCUGCUUCUGCUCGAUUCUUUAUAUUGGUAAUGAAGAGUUCAUCAAGAACAAUCCUGAAAAGGUUCGCAAGUACCUCCGUGCCAUCAAGCGUGCUACAGACUACAUGAUCGAGAACCCAGCUGAUGCCUACAGCAAAUAUGUCAAGAUCAAGCCUCACUUGGACACCGAUCUCCAUCGUAAGAUCUUCCAACGUUCCUUCCGCUACUUCUCUCGCGACUUGAAGAAUGUCCAACGCGACUGGAACAAGGUUACGGCUUAUUGCAAGCGUCUGAACAUCGUCGAUGCUGAAUUUGAACAGAACCAGACUAACGAGUUCUUGACUUGGCCCCUUCUUCCUGAAUCGCAGCCUGGUGUCGAGCCUACUACUGUUGAAACAGGCGUUGUUGAAGGUGGGUGCACUCGCUGCUUACACAGUAGCAUUGCUCCUCCAAAGAUAUUUGCUUAA